ACAGCUCGGGUGGACUGAAGCGUAGGAUUAUUUCACAAUGGAAGAAAAAGUUUGGUGGGGUUCAAGUGCACGGGCCCUAAUAACCAAAUGGGAUGAAAAGAAAGGCAUAAUCCUACAUAGUAGACACCGGUGUCCUGCUAAUCAUGUGGAACCGGGUGAGUUUUUAACUAAGCAACCGAACCACUACAUCACCCUCUUCCGUCGAUUGCUGUUAAUUGCGCAAAUCCUGGAAAAGUUGAUUCAUACGCGAUUACUUAAAUGGACGGAAACAUUUGAACCUUUGUUUCAGCGAGUUAUGUUCUUCCUUGGUGCAAUCCAACAACGGUAUCAUGGCCUACCAAAAACCCACAAGCCAGAUGUCCCGGUGAAACUGACAGUGGACGGAAUAGGUUCCUCGCCUCAUGAGCUGCCCAGAUUCUUGUCAGGUAUCCUAAAACCACUCAAUGGACGUCAAUUACGAGGGGUAUUGGUACCGGUGGUGAAACCCAACAGGGAAUGA